GUACAGGUUUGAGAAGUUGAAUAACAAGGAGAAAUGGGGUAUAUAGGUGCACAUGGAAUAGCAGCUUUGCAUAGAUACAAGUACAGUGGAGUGGAUCACUCUUACCUUGCUAAAUACGUAUUGCAGCCAUUUUGGAGCCGCCUUGUCAACUUCUUCCCUCUAUGGAUGCCGCCAAACAUGAUAACACUUACAGGAUUUAUGUUCUUGGUCGUAUCUGCCCUGCUCGCCUAUAUAUAUACACCUUACUGCGAUUCACCCCCACCAAGAUGGGUUCAUUUUGCGCACGGCUUACUUUUAUUUUUAUAUCAGACUUUUGAUGCUAUCGAUGGGAAGCAGGCUAGAAGAACAAACUCCUCUGGUCCACUCGGUGAACUUUUCGAUCAUGGCUGCGACGCGCUUGCAUGUGCGCUUGUAAUCAUGGCUGUUGGAAGCACAUCCAUGUCUGGGAGGGACACUUUCUGGUUCUGGGUUAUCACAGCCAUUACAUUUUAUGGAGCUACAUGGGAACACUGUUUCACCAAUACGCUUAUACUUCCUGUAAUUAAUGGGCCAACAGAGGGUAAUGCCCUCAUAUAUACAUGCCACUUUUUACAACAUGGGUUGGUACGUGCGGAGUGGUGGGCUCAGCCAUUUGGAGUGUCCAUUCCUUUGUUCAGUUGGGUACCUUUUCUUAAUGAGAUUCCAACAAACAAAGCUACACUGUAUUUGAUGACAGCAUUUGGUGUUACACCUACCGUCGCUUGCAAUGUAAGCAAUGUCCAUAAUGUCAUUCUAGAAAGAAAAGGAAGCAUGUUACUUGCAUUAGCAAUGUUUCACCCUUUAAUGUUACUCAUAGGAGGAGUGCUGCUUUGGGAUUAUGUUUCGCCCUCUGAUAUCAUGAGAAAUCACCCACAUUUACUUGUACUAGGAACGGGGCUCGCAUUCGGGUUCCUCGUGGGAAGGAUGAUUCUGGCUCACUUGUGUGAUGAACCCAAGGGAUUGAAAACAAACAUGUGCAUGUCACUCUUAUACCUUCCUUUGGCAGUUGCAAAUGCUCUUACAGCUAGACAAAAUGAAGGUGUUCCUUUAGUAGAUGAAUUCUGGGUUCUUCUUGGUUACUGUGUAUUCACAGCAUCAUUUUACUUGCACUUCGCCAUAUCAGUCACUCAUGAAAUUACAACAGCUUUGGGAAUUUACUGCUUCAGGGUAACUAGGAAAGAGUCUUGAAAACUGCUCAACGGCCAUUAUUAGCCGACAAAGGACCUUUCGUAUUGCUUUUGUUUACGACCUUGGAGGAAUCAAGGCAUUCAU